AUGCUAGUGCAGCCUCAUCCAAAUAUUCAAUAAGGUUCUUGUUCAAGAUCUAUGUCUAUCUCAAUGGAUGAUUCAAUACACACAUAUAUCCAACCUAUUGUCUAAAAAAUGACCGUCGUUAAUAAACAUUAGCUAUAAGUAAGAAAACCAUCUGAUGGUGCUUAAGAAAUGAUCCAAUCCCCUCCAACUGUAACACCUCAUAUUGCUUCAGACAGACCACCAUAAUGUGAGAUAAAGGAUUUGCUUCUAAUAAACGAGGAACCUAGCAACAAAGAACACUCUAUAUAAAUUACUGAUCGAUAUAAGAAGACUCAUAAAGUAACUCAGAACAAUUUAAGUUAAUAAAGUAUAUUGAUCGAUGAAAAACCUUUACAUUCAUAUAGUGAUGUUUAAUGGAGUGGAUUAAUAUCAUUAAAUACUAUAAAUUCUAAUUCCUCCUUUCAGCAUAACCUUAUAUAAGAUAAAGCUGCUGAUUUUAAUCCAAAUAAUUCAAAUGGAAUUAUUUUCCAUCCAAAAAAAUAAAAUCUAUUUUAUCAUUUUAGUAAUGCUACAUAUUGUAUGUAUAUCUGUUUCUUUAUUACUUACAUGUUGAUUCAUUUAUAAGACAGUUUUUAAAAGCAAUAUACUUAUUAGAUUUUAUUAAUUGUCAUUUAAAUAAUAUACAUUUUUAAUCAAAUUCUAUUCGAAUAGUAUGAUAAUGGUGAUAUAAUUAAUACAUUUGAACAAUUAACUUAAUUGUAUUUUAGAAAGUAAUCAAUUUUUGAUUUAAUCACAAUAAUUCCUGUAAUUUUUGCAUUAUCAUCAGAACAAUGUCAUUUCAUAUAGAUUUUACAUAUUAUUCGACUUUGGAAAUUAAGAUAAUUAAUAAAAGAAUUAGAAUUAUUAUUUGGUAAAGUUAUUAAAUUUACAUAUUAUAUUAUGGAAUUUCAUUUUAUCUAAUUUAUUGCCUUGUCUAUACUAUAAUAUAAUCAUGAUAAGUAGAUUAACUUUUAUGAUGAAUUCCUUGUAUUGUUGUAUAAAUAAGAGAAUAGUAAUGCAAUAACUUAUAUUAUUAGAAUGCUCAUUCUUAUAUAUUAUUGUUUUUGUAUUUUUAGAUUGACUUUCUAAGAUAAUUUGGAAUUAUUAAAUAAAUUAUAAUUAACAUGCUCUACUAAGUAGUUAAUAAAAGCUUAUAUAAAUAAAUUAAAUUCUUAAAAAUCUAUUGAUAUGAAUUUUUUAUCUCAAUUACCUUAGACAUUUGUUGAUGAUGUGAAAUCUUAGCGUUAUUAUCAUCUCCUCUCAAAAAUUCCUAUAUUUAAAUCUUCUUUCUCAGAAAACACUUUAAAAUAGAUAUGUAGUCUCAUCCAAGAGUAUACUUACAUUCCAAAUUAAAUUGUGUUAAUGUAAUAAACAUCUAAUUAACAUUUAUUCAUAAUAUUAUCAGGUGAUGUGUAGAUCUCUUAGAAGAAGGCAGGUAUUGAUUUUAAAAUUAAGAUACUUGGAAAGGAUUCUAUUUUCAAUAAUCAAGCCUUCUUCAAAAAUGCUUAUUCUAACAUAAAUGCAACAUCAAUAGGAUAUUCUCAAAUAGCUCAAUUAGAUUUAGAUCUCUUUUUAGAUUUUAUAAAAUCUCAUUAUUAGGAGCGAUAAAAAUAUAAGAUGAUGGUUGAUCAAAUUGUUCUUUAUGAAAUUAAUAGUUUAUGUUAAUUGUCUUGUUUUGUAUGUGGUAAAUCUCAUGACAUUGAUGAAUGUGAUCAUGUACAUUAUGUUCCAAAAAAAUCUAUAUUAGUGUAAUAUAUCUAAUAAAACGAUUUAUAAAUUCGUAGAAAUUAUUUGAGAAGUAAAGCUAGACGAAAAUAAAAAAGAUUAAAAUCAAACAUUCUGAAAAUAGAAGAGGCUGCUCUUUAGUAUUAAUAAUAGAACAUCGAAUCAGAUAUAACAGAUGAUAACAAAAAAUACUAAGAUGAAGUGAUUAGUAUUCAAUAAGCUUACAUGGGAGAAGCUAGUCAUCGUUAUACAGAUAGAUAAAAUUCAUUUUAAUAAUCUUAAUAGACCCCAAGAAGAGGAUCAUUAUACUCUAUGCGUGA